AUGAAAUUUUCACAUAGUCUACAAUUUAACGCCGUACCUGAGUGGUCGUCCAAAUACUUGGCUUAUACAACUUUAAAGAAAUUAAUUUAUUCAUUACAACGCGAUUCAUUGAGAAGGAAACAUUUAGAUCAAAAUGGUAAUGAUCAAGAUUUAGAAAGUAAUCAUCUAAUAAGUAAUAAUGAUUAUGCAAGUACUAGUCAAUUAGAAGUUAAUGGUAAUGGAGAAUCUCCAACAACUGUUUUUACUGCUGCUUUACAUUCGGAAUUAAAAAAGAUUGAUCAAUUUUUUGUAGAUCAACAAUCAUUAAUUUUUUCAAAUAUAGAUCAAUUGAUUCAAGAUAUUGAAGUGUUUGAACAAGAAGUUGAUGAAACUUUAAUUGGGUCCAAAACUUUUAAUAAAAAUUUGAAAACUAAUAAUUUAAAACAUCAUGAUGAGAGCUAUCUAACAAAUACUACAGAUCAAGAUACGGAAUUUACUCAAGCGGAAGAAGAAGAAGAAGAAGAAGAAGAAGAAGUUGAAGAAGAAGAAGAUGAAGAUGACGAGAUUCAUGCUGCUCGUGGAAGACAAGUUAAAAGAUCUGAUUCUGUUCCAAUAAUAAAUAAAUCAAAAAAACAACCAACUUUAACCAAAACAAAAUCAAUAGAUAAUUAUUUAAAGUUUGUUAAAUCACCACAAGUUUGGAAUGAAUUAAAUGCUGUUACUACUAAUGAUAAUAAUAUGCCACCACAAUUAAUUUUAUUAAGUGAAAGUAGAAUUAUAUUAAGAAAAAGAAUUAUUGGUUUAUUUACAACAUUAUCUGAAUUAAAAUCUUUUAUUGAAUUAAAUCAAACUGGUUUUAAAAAAGCAUUAAAGAAAUUUGAUAAAUCUUUAGAUACAAAUAUUAAAGAUCAAUAUCUUGCAAAUUUACCAAAUCAUUCAUAUAUUUUUAAAAAAUCAACAAUGGAAAAAAUUGAUGAUAGAUUAAAUUCAUUAGUUAAAUUAUAUGCUUUAAUUUGUAACCAUGGAGAUGAUUUAGAAACUGCAAAACAAGAAUUAUCAAUUCAUUUAAGAGAACAUGUUGUUUGGGAAAGAAAUACAGUUUGGAGAGAUAUGAUUGGAUUGGAAAGAAAAACUUAUGCUGCAAAUUCAAAAUUAGUUGAUAGAAGUAUAACUAAAGAAAAAGAAGAUAGUACUAAAAAAUUGAUACACAAGUUUAAUAUUUCAUUAACAAAUCCAGUUAUACUUAAAUUAUUAAUAAUAUUUAUUCUAACCAUUGUUUUAUUAAAAUUUUCACCAUUUAAAGAUCCUUCUCAAAAAAAUUGUUUUGCUAUAUUAAUUUGUGCUUCAUUAUUAUGGGCAACUGAAGCAAUACCAUUAUUUGUAACGUCAUUAUUAAUUCCAUUAUUAAUUGUAUUUUUAAAUGUUUGUAAAAAUGAAAAUGAUGGUUCAAUAAUGAAUUCAAUUGAUGCAUCAAAAUAUAUUCUAUCAACAAUGUGGAAUUCAGUAAUUUUAUUAUUAUUAGGUGGAUUUACAUUAGCUGCUGCAUUAUCAAAAUAUCAAAUUGCAAAAUUAAUUUCAACUUGGAUUUUAUCAAAAGCUGGUACAAAUCCAUCAGUUGUAUUAUUAACUAUAAUGUCAAUUGCAUUAUUUGCAUCAAUGUGGGUAUCAAAUGUUGCUGCUCCAGUUUUAUGUUUUUCAUUAAUUCAACCAUUAUUAAGAACAUUACCUAAAAAAUCUUCAUUUAUAAAUGCAUUAAUAUUAGGUAUUGCGUUAGCUUCAAAUAUUGGUGGUAUGGCAUCACCCAUUGCUUCACCACAAAAUAUGAUUGCAAUUGGUGCAAUGGAUCCACCUCCAUCUUGGCUACAAUGGUUUAUUAUUGCAUUACCAGUUUGUAUAUUAUCAUUAUUAUUAAUUUGGAUUUUCUUAUUAGUUACAUUUAAUUGUAAUUCAAAAAAUACUCAUUUAGUUGGAAUUAGAACUUUAGAUGAAAAAUUUACUGGAAUUCAAUGGUAUAUCAUAUUUGUUACAUUGUCAACAAUUUUACUUUGGUGUGUAGCAUCAAAAUUAACUGGUAUAUUUGGUGAAAUGGGUAUAAUUGCAUUAAUUCCAAUUAUAUUAUUUUUUGGCACUGGUUUAUUAUCAACUGAAGAUUUUAAUAAUUAUCCGUGGAAUAUUGUAAUUUUAGCAAUGGGUGGUACUGCAUUAGGUAAAGCUGUUGCUUCAUCAGGUUUAUUAACUACAAUUGCAUUAACUAUUCAAUCAAAAGUUGAAGAUUUUUCAUUAUUUGGAAUCACUUUAAUUUUUGGAUUUUUAAUUCUUGUUAUGGCUACUUUUGUUUCUCAUACUGUUGCUGCUUUAAUUGUUGUUCCAUUAAUGAAAGAAAUUGGUAAUAAUAUGGAAGAACCUCAUCCAGAUUUAUUAAUUAUGAUUUCUGCAUUAAUUUGUUCUUCAGCUAUGGGUUUAAUUAGUUCUGGUUUUCCAAAUAUGACUGCAAUGUCAAUAAGUAAUGAAUUUGGUCAACCUUAUAUGUCAGUUAAAAUUUUUAUUACUAGAGGUAUACCAAGUUCAAUAAUUGCUUAUGCUAUAAUUGUAACUAUUGGGUUUGCAACAAUGAAAAUAAUACAUUUCUAA